AAAAAAAAUUUAUUGACAUAUUAACAUAUUUUUUUCUCAUUGAUUGAAAAAAAAAAUGUCGUCUAAUUCUAAUUCUGUUAAUGUGAUUGAAGAAUGGACCUCUAGACCAGAUGGUGUUGAAAUCUAUACAAAAAAAUGGAUGUCUGUCAUUGACCCUCCGAUCGCAACUGUUGUAUUUUUACAUGGUUUCGGUGACCACGUUAAUCGUUUCAAUCAUGUAUUUGAGAGAUUCGCUUUAAAAGGUGUUGAAGUUCUCGGCUUUGAUCAACGUGGAUUUGGUAAAACUGCCGUUCGUAAUAAGAAUCCUGGUCAUACUGGUGGUUGGAAGAUUGUUACUGGAGAUAUUACAGGAUUUCUUCUUGCUAAUAGGCGUCAAAAUAUUCCUCAAUUUUUAUUUGGUCAUAGUAUGGGUGGUGGUCUUGCUGCUAAUUAUGCUUCUGAUGGCCCGGAAAAAGAUAAUCUAGCUGGUAUCGUUUUAUCUUCUCCUUUAAUUGCAUUGGCUCCUCAAGCAAGAGUACCGAAAUCUGCUGUAACUUUAGCAAAUGCUUUAUCAAAAGUUAUACCUAAUUUGACUGUUCCCGUGAUGUCCUUGGAUAAAAAAUAUAUUUCUAGAAAUCCAAAAGAAAUUGAAAGAUAUCAAAACGAUGAAUUAAUUCAUCGUAUUGGUUCUUUACGUGGUCUUGCAGAUAUUAACUACGGUAUUAGAUCAGUUUUAAGGGAAAAAUAUAAAAAUAUUACAUUACCUACCUAUAUUUGCUUUGGUACUAGUGAUGGAAUUAAUGAUAUUAAUGCUGCAAAAGAAUUCUUUGAUAAAAUUCCUUCUCAAGAAAAAACUUGGCGAGAAUGGUCUGGUUUUUAUCAUGAAAGUAUGUAAAAAAAAAAGUUCAUAAAAUGUUGGUUAACAUAAGUAACUGCUUUUCUAAACUAAAUUUCUAUUUUGUAGUGCAUCAUGAAGACGAAAGAUAU